GAUUCUCUAAACCCCAACUCACCUUCACGUAACCGUUGUUUUUACUUCAGCUCAAAGGAAAAGUGUGAUAUUUGGUCUAACGUUGGAAAUUUAGCAGCAAAUAGCGAUAUCCGUACCGCCCCCACGAGAAAGACUCAAGAAAACACUGUGUUUUCUCCAGAAGGCCAGCACUGUGUUUUCUCUCUCUAGAAAUCCGUACCCUUUUUUCUAUGUCAUUUCUCACCACCCUUCACCUUCACGUUGCCUGAUUCCAGAGCUGACACCCCCCCCCCCCCCCCUCGCUUUUUCUUGGUGUUCUUCUAAGUUGUUGAUUCCCGGUGGAGUAAUAUUCACAAUAUAUUCGGAACCUUACCUGCCAAAUCCCUAAAUCCUUCUCCCUAGCUCCCCUAAUCCUUCAAGAGGUUGAAAAUGCAUAAACCACCCCAAGAAGACUUUUCUCUUAAGGAGACCAAACCGCACCUUGGUGGGGGAAAGGUCACAGGUGAUAAGCUCACCAGCACCUAUGACCUCGUUGAGCAGAUGCAAUACCUCUAUGUCCGGGUGGUCAAAGCAAAAGACUUGCCUGCAAAGGACGUCACUGGGAGUCUUGAUCCAUACGUUGAGAUCAGGCUUGGAAACUACAAGGGCACAACUGGGCAUUUUGAGAAAAAAACCAACCCGGAAUGGAACCAAGUCUUCGCCUUCUCAAAGGACAGGAUGCAGGCUACCAUGCUUGAUGUCCAGGUGAAGGAUAAGGAUCUUUUCAAGGACGAUUUUGUCGGGCACGUCUUAUUUGAUCUGAAUGAGAUCCCGAAGCGUGUCCCGCCUGACAGCCCACUGGCUCCCCAGUGGUACAGGUUGGUGGACAGGAAGGGUGAAAAGAUCAGGGGAGAGCUUAUGUUGGCUAUUUGGAUGGGCACUCAGGCUGAUGAAGCGUUCCCUGAGGCGUGGCAUACAGAUGCGGCGGCUGUUAGUGGGUCCGAUGGGCUUUCGAGCAUAAGGUCAAAGGUCUACCUCUCUCCCAAGCUUUGGUACUUGAGGGUUAAUGUGAUCGAGGCCCAAGAUUUGGUCCCAAAUGAUAAAAGCAGGUAUCCUGAAGUGUGCGUCAAGGCUAUUCUGGGUAAUCAGGCUUUGCGGACGCGGGUUUCAACCGCCAAGAGCAUCAACCCGAUGUGGAACGAGGAUUUGAUGUUUGUGGUUGCCGAACCGUUUGAGGAGCCGCUGCUUUUGAGUGUGGAAGACAGAGUUGGGUCCAACAAGGAUGAACUUCUAGGAAGGUGUAUUAUCCCUUUGCAGUUCGUUGACCGUAGGUUUGACCAUAGGCCGAUGAACUCAAAAUGGUACAAUCUUGAUAAACACAUGGUCGAGGGAGAUAAGAAAGAAGUGAGAUUUGCCAGCAAGAUUCACAUGAGGAUAUGGCUGGAGGGGGGUUAUCACGUUCUUGACGAAUCCACCCACUAUAGCAGUGAUCUUAGACCGACCGCGAAGCAGCUAUGGAAAUCCAAUAUUGGUGUUCUUGAACUGGGUAUCCUAAGUGCCCAAGGGCUAUCACCUAUGAAGUCGAAAGAGGGACGGGCAGCGACUGAUGCUUAUUGUGUUGCCAAGUACGGGCAGAAGUGGGUUCGGACCAGGACUGUAAUUGAUAGCUUUGCCCCUAAGUGGAAUGAACAGUACACUUGGGAGGUUUUUGAUCCUUGUACCGCCAUAACCAUCGGUGUUUUCGACAACUGUCAUCUCCAUGGAAGUGAAAAGUCUGGUGGGCCCAGUGGGCCAAGGGACUCGAGGAUCGGAAAGGUCAGGAUUCGGCUUUCAACUCUGGAAACGGAUCGCGUGUACACGCACUCCCACCCGCUCCUUGUCUUGCAUCCAAAUGGAGUGAAGAAGAUGGGAGAGAUCCAGCUGGCAGUUCGGUUCACCUGCUCUUCGUUGCUCAAUAUGAUGCAUAUGUACUCGCAGCCUCUUCUCCCGAAAAUGCAUUACAUCCACCCGUUGACUGUUAUGCAGCUGGACAGCCUGAGGCACCAGGCGACUCAGAUCGUUUCGGCAAGGUUGAGCCGGGCCGAGCCGCCACUGAGGAAGGAGGUGGUGGAGUACAUGCUUGAUGUUGGGUCCCACAUGUGGAGCAUGAGGAGGAGCAAGGCAAACUUCUUCAGGAUUAUGGGGGUUUUAGGCGGGGUGAUCGCAAUUGGGAGAUGGUUUGACCAGAUAUGCAACUGGAAGAACCCGAUAACAACUGUUCUCAUCCACAUACUCUUCUUGAUCUUGGUCCUCUACCCGGAACUCAUCCUCCCGACCAUUUGCCUAUACCUCUUCCUGAUCGGGGUUUGGCACUACAGGUGGAGGCCACGCCACCCGCCUCACAUGGACACCCGACUGUCAUGUGCUGAGAAUGCACAUCCUGAUGAGCUGGAUGAGGAGUUUGAUACCUUCCCGACUUCCCGUCCUCCGGAUGUGGUGAGGAUGAGGUACGACCGCCUAAGGAGCAUUGCCGGUAGGAUUCAGACAGUGGUCGGGGAUUUGGCUACCCAGGGUGAAAGGUUGCAAUCUUUGCUGAGCUGGAGGGACCCGAGAGCCACAGCACUGUUUGUGAUAUUCUGUCUGAUUGCCGCCAUUGUUCUCUAUAUCACUCCUUUUCAAGUUGUCGCCCUCCUGUCUGGGUUUUACGUCUUGCGACACCCGAGGUUCCGUCACAAACUCCCUUCAGCGCCUCUUAAUUUCUUCAGAAGGCUUCCGGCCAGAACAGACUGCAUGCUAUGAUGGUUAUCCUCAUCAACUUUACCCCAUUUGUUGGUGGGCUAUUUUAUUCGGAGACAUUUAAAGAUGCGUUAUUGAACUUUAGUGUUGUAAAUCGAUCCUAUGGCCUAAUAGUAGUAGUGCUUGAAAACUGGAAGUGCUGAUGCAUUUUAGUUAUGUUUCGUAUGUACUCCAUAUAUAAUAUACUUAAUGGAAAAUUGGCUAAUGUAUA